UGGAGCCGGGGAGGGACAUGACCACUCCACUUGAGCCUCAUCUGCCGACUGCACGACAUCCCAGUUGACAAGUCGGCGUCGUUCGAUCAUCGGCCUCGUCUCGUAGAUGACCCUUCGAUGACCUCUCUUCACCUGCAGCAUCGCUGGUGAUUCACACUCAACCACAACCCCGCACCCUCCCCUCUCCGCGAUGACGACCCUCCUCGGCCUGAGUCACGAGCUCCUCCACUGCGUCUUCACCGAAGUCGAACCCACAGACUUGGCCGCACUGAGCAGAACAUGCCAUUCGCUCCAUGCGUACAUCAAAGGCAACCGACUCCUCCAUAAAGAUCUCUAUCUCCGACGAUAUGAUGAGCCAAAGCUGCUCGACGAGCCGGACUGGGAAGAGCUGAUUCACAAAACGGCAAGGUUGGAGAGGAUCUUGCAGAGCGAGGACAAGGAAGUCAAGAGUGAGAAUCUGGGCUUUGUCUCCGAGCAGGUCGACCACCUGCUGCAGACCGCCUGCACAGACGUGGACGAGUCGGCAAAUGUUCAACUCUUGAGCGAUUAUUUCGCAGACCAAGACAACAUCGAUGUCUUCCUAUGCUCCAGCUCGUUGUUCAGAACGGCCGGCACGAAAGAUCAGCAAGCCGCCCCGACGCAAGCACUCCAACAAGCAUCGGCCAAAUUACACUGCCUCUAUGGCAAGCCCGUCGAUCCCGUUCCCUCCAAGCGCUCUUCCGCCUCUUACUCCAUGACUGCCUUCUUCACCCUCCGCCGCAUCGACACCGGAUCUCCAUCCUCCAACACACGAGCUCAGAACCGCGGCAUCCCUGCCCACACCGUAGCGCGAAGUAAAGUGUACGACCUCCGCGAAUACACCGAUGGCUCUAUAUGGGGUCCCUUCAUGAGCGACGGCAGCCAGAACGUCGACUGGGAGAAAGUCGAAGCCAUCAUGCUCGUCCUGGGAUUCAACCUGGCCGACUUCACCGAACGAUCAGACGGUCGCUUUCCGCUGCUAUGGGAUCGGCCAUUCGAUGGCGUGACCCCGCAAUCCUACGUCUCCCCUCAGAUAUCCGCAAGCGACGACUCGGAGAUGGAAGAGUCGGACUCCAGCAUCCCCAAGGAACUCACCCCAUCCCUCGACGAUCGCGACCCAUAUGGCGUCACCGGCACAUGGAUGCGAGUCGUCUGCUUCCUCGACUACAACGACCUCUACGCCUUCAACUUCAGCAACCCGGAGCUGCCGGCCGAGCAAGCGCGGGAGCCCAUAGACACGCAAGAAGCCAUCCGACUGAUCAGUAUCAAGCUGCAAGUCACGCGCAUCGAUCCGCCCGGCUCGGCCGAUGAGGAUGAAGAGGAAGACGGGAUGGACUGGAGUCAGUUCAAGGGCGAGCGGUUGCCCAUUGUGCACUUCCGCGGGAGCUCGAGGAGUCUGCAUGCGAGCUGGGAUCCAAACGCCAAUUCGCAAAUCAGAGGCACCGUCCGACAAACCCCCCAAGGCGAAAUCCGCUGGACCACCUUCUCUAUCUUCCACGGCGAAGAGCGAUGGCGGUCUGAAGGCAUCCAGGUCGGCGGGCUGCGAUCAGCCCGAGGUGUGCUGGGCAAUUGGUUCGACAAAGACUACGACAUGCACGGCCCCGCCGGCCCGACGGCUUUUUGGAAAAUCACGGAUUGGCUGGGGGCGGAGAAGAGCUCUAGUAGUACGCCCGUUGCAUACUUUUGAUCUUGAUUGUCCGGCAAUUAGUGUAAAUCGUGGUACUGCAUCGCCGGCGAGGAUGGUGCUACUUGGAAACGAUAGUACGUGGGCCUGCAUGUUGAGGGUUGGUAUUGGCGUAUAACGGAAAUGGUGGAUUGGGGGAGUUACUAGGUAGAUGGCGCACAGCUGGGGCCAUUUCGAAUACAAUGCCAGACUCCAAUCGAGGGCAAGUUCAUCCAUCGUCAGCUGCCGCU